ACCACACGUGUUUGUUGUUAUUUUCUUAACGCAAAUACUUAUUGCGUUACUAUUUAUUAAUAAUAUAAUUAAUAUAAAAUAAAUUCUACGCAAAAUGGGUCGCAUGAAUCGUUCACGUAAACGUCGCGAUGAAAUGAAUAAAAUAAAGAAAGCACGAUAUGAGGCAAAGGAAUUAAUACGCUUGAAGAAGACGCUUGGACUGAUUGACGCUGAUGGCAAUGAAAUUAUGAAGGAUGUUUCCGAUGUGGCACAAGUAAAGACAGCCAAAGAAAUUAAAAUUGAAAAGAAAACUAAAGAGGAGAAAGAAUUAGAACAUGAAAUGCAGGAGCAACGUGAGAAAGGCAAGAAGAUCAAAGUCGUCAAUGAAAACACAGGCAAAGAACAUAUCUACAACAGCAAAACACUUAGAGAUCAGUUUGGCAAUUACCCACCGUGGUUCAAGCGCAAUAAGACAGCGAAACGUUUACGGAAGAAGGACCAUGCCCGCUCAAGAGACUUCAAGCAAGCCUGGACGACAAUAAACGUGCCUUUGUAAAUAAAUUAUAGUGAUUGUUUGCUUAGUUUGUAAGCUAUUUUUAUAAUCCAAAAAAUAACAACUCCGCUGCUCUUAACUCAUAGAUGAAUAUGAGGACAAUAUUUAAAUAAAAAUCUAAUGAAUUAAUUUUAAUAUUAAA